CAUCGGAUUGCACAAAAGUGUCGUGCAGACUGUGCCAAGCUUUCUAGCAAGUUCAGGCGAGUGAGAGGAUUUGGGGAUUCGGCGAGUGACAACUUGAGAGGCAAGCUGGUGAAACAUAAAAACGGGCCUCAGAUUCGUCGAAACCUCGGUGAAGACGGUAUCGAGCUUCUCGACGCGCUCGGACGAAUGCCACGCCGAGUGACAACUUGCGAGACAAAACAGUGGAACGUGUAAGGAGGCCUCAGAUCGUUUAGAAGUAUCCUGGAGACCGUAUCGAGCUUCCCAACGCGCUCGGCCGAGUUGAGCGACUAGCGAUAACUUGAGAGACAAGUUGGUGGAACACGAUCGCCAAAUGGCGCCGCACAGUGUGGAAUGCGAGGAACCAGUGUCGAGGACGUACCAGUACCGGAAAGUGAUGAAACCGAUGCUGGAAAGGAAACGAAGAGCGCGUAUUAAUCGUUGCUUAGACGAGUUAAAGGAUCUCAUGGUGACAGCUUUACAGGCAGAGGGGGAGAAUGUGGCGAAACUGGAGAAGGCGGACAUCUUGGAGCUGACCGUCCGCCAUUUGCACACACUCAGAGCCGCCAGGAGGCUGACGUUGACACCCGAGAAUAGUUACGCUGACAGGUUCAGAGACGGGUUCACCCACUGCGCCCAGGAAGUGUCAUCGUUUCUCGCCACGCCGCUCGCAGCCAACGUCCACCCACUAGCUGGCGCUCAACUGAUGCGACACUUAGGCGGCUGUCUUCGAAAACUCGAGGGACCUGAUUCGGUAGGGAGUCCUGUGAUCGACAGUGUCGCACACAAUGUUUACACACCCCCACAGAGCCCUGUCAGUGUCGAGAGCCCGCUGGGUGAGUCCCUCGAAGUGUCGCAUGGGGUUUGGAGACCUUGGUGA